AUGCAGUCAUCAACCGUAGGUUUUUUCGAGAGUGCACGAAAUUGUCGUUCUGCACCUGGGCUUUUACGACGUCAAAGCCUUACUCAUGCAUCAUCUACCUAUAUAAAAACCAUUUCAUCAGAACAAAAGCAUACUUCAUUCUUACCCGUCCUAUCAAAUACAGUAACAACAAUAGAGAAAAACAUGCUUGUUUGUCAACAAACACCUGUAGUUAAUAACGUAGUGAAAUUCGAUCAAAAUUCUGAUUCGAACUUUGUAACAAAUGCCCAAGUAGCUGUUUAUAUAACAAAACAAUCGGCUUUGAUCAUCGAUUGUGGAUCACCGCUUCGACACACCGAACGACGAAUUACAAAUUCAUUGUUAUUGAAUGUGAAUGAUAAAAUUUCGCGAAAACGUCUAUCAACCCGUGGUUUGAAAAAUUUCUUAGAUGCAACGCAAUUGAAUCGUUUGGAUACUCAUGAAAUCGUUGUUUUAUAUGACGAUUUUCUCCGUUCAUCGGCUGGCUGUGUCAAUUUAUCCACUCCCAUGCAACUUUCGCCAUCAAUGAAAUGUGUUUAUGACGAAAUCAAACGAUAUGACAAUACUAAACAAAUAUUUAUUCUUCAAUCCACUUUCGAUGAUUUUUAUCAGCACUAUUCGUCAUUAUGUUAUGUGAGCACAUCGACCGACGAAGAUCUUUCAUCAUCAUUAUCGUCGUCUUCGUUAUUGACAGUUAAACCCUUAGAUAUUGAAACCUUUCCAAUAUCUGAAGUGUUACCUGGUCUGUUUUUGGGAAGUUCGCGUGAUGCUGAAGAUCUGAUUUGUCUACAAAAACAUAAAAUCCAUACGAUAAUCAACAUUUCCACAUCAAUUCCAUGUUAUUUCGAACAUGAAAACUAUUUCGAUUAUCUUCGAUUACCUUGUCACGAUUCUCCCAAUCAAAACAUACUUCAAUAUUUCGAAUCAACAUUCGAAUACAUCCACAAGAAACUCUUAGCAAAGAAAAAUGUUCUUGUUCAUUGCCAGGGAGGUGUUAGUCGUAGUCCAUCGUUUAUUAUCGGUUACUUAAUGAAAUACCACUCGAAAACUUUCGACGAUGCAUAUCAAGUUGUCAAACAACAACGAAGUAUCAUCAAUCCUAAUUUCAAUUUCUUAGGUCAAUUGACUCAAUAUCAGCAAAUGUCAAUCAAUGCCUAG